GUGCAGUUGCUGGGCGCUUAGAGUGUGAUGAGCGGCGGCGAUUGGCCCCGCCUCCACCUUGCCUCCCCCUCACGCCUGAAGCCUCUUUCUCUCUAUCUCUACCCUCCCCUGAUGGUUGACUGAAGGCCAUCGACCAGCUAUAUAGCCGCUCAGCAGUCGCCUGCAUUCGAACCCUUUCUCUUUCCUGACACGCUGUCUGUUUGAGGUUGUGCAGUUUUUCUUCCUGUUCUAUUUUUGUCUUUGUCUAGUUCGUUUGGCUGGCCCAAGCAAGCUAUUUGUUUUCUUCGCUUCUUCUCCAUUGACGUCAAUAAAUAAUAAUAGUAUCAUUCACACGCCUGCUUUAGUGGACACUUUGUUGAUCAAAGUUCUGCUGCCAAUCGGUUCACUGCACUCAUCGUAUUGAAUUUUCAGAGCAUCCUUUACAUCUAUCGCACGAACAUCACCACCUUCUAUCCCUCGUCUAUCAAUUGUUGUUCAAGAUGUACGCCCGGCCUAAGCUUUCGUUGAGCAUCUCUGCGGCGCAAAAUGCCUCUCGUUCGUCGUUUCCCCUCAAGUCGCCUGGUGCUGUUCCCCGAACGCCAAUCUCCCCAGCGAGUCCAAGUGCAAAGCGAUUCUCGACCUUACAGCUGCCGUCCUUCGGCUACAACAACUCCUGCACCUCCAAAAGCAUUCUUAAAAAACACUCCGCGCCAGGGGCCCCAAGUGCUUCGGACAAACGGAUUCAGUUCAAGGGCACUCCGACUGUUCAUUGUGUGACGCCCAUUGAGAAUCCAGAGGAGUAUUACGGCACCUACACCAAAUUGUCGCGGGAGGAACGACGCUGGGUCGUACGAGAUUGAACUGGACACGAUUCCAACUGGGCUUCCCGAGCUUCUAGACGAAUGGUACAGUGGUGAGCACACCGACAAGAAAUGUUCACCAAGAAGGGUCAGGGCGAGGUCAAAGCUUUGGCUUCGACCUUGCGCACAACUUGCCCAUACCCAACCCCGACACCACUUUGACAUGCCGAUUUUGUACAUCAAGGACGAGGGUGGGUCUUGGCGUUGAUCUGAGGUCAUUUUGUGGGCGUCAGAUCUCAGGACCGGUAGGGUAUAUGAGUUUGAUGCUUCCUGAAAGAGAGAGUUGAAGUGCAUUCUCUCGGCGUGUAUGACUUCUGUUAUGAUUAUGACGUGAUGAUAUGAUUUGGCGUCCAAUUACUUAGCAUACGGGCAUAUCCUGGAGUAUUCCAAUGACAUUCGUUUGAGCUCA